AUGGCCACGACAUCAAAGCAGCGCCUUGCGCUGGCAAUCUGUGAUUUCCUGUCGACGUCUGUCACUGACGGCACCCUCCCAGCCGACGACCAAGAUUCGAUCGAUGUCGCUAUCAACUGCAUCGCCGAGUCCUUCAAGAUCGACCCAUCCGACAAGGCUGCUGUCUCAGAAGCCAUCGGCGACCAGAACCUACUGAAGAUCUACGGCGUCUACGAAAAGUUGAAGUCUGCCUCCAAGCCAGCUCCUGCUUCCUCAUCCAGUGCCGGUACCUCAGCUGCACCAGCAGCUGUCUCGGAUCAGCAGAAAAAGGAGGCUGAGGCCCUGAAAUCCAAGGGCAAUGCUGCUAUGGCUCAGAAAGACUACCCCCAGGCAAUCGACCUCUACACUCAGGCGCUAGCGCUUUACCCUGGUAAUGCUAUUUUCCUCUCGAACCGAGCUGCUGCAUACAGCGCUGCGAAGGACCACGAGAGUGCCCGCGCCGAUGCCGAGGCUGCAGUGGCUAUCGAUCCCAAGUAUACCAAGGCUUGGAGCAGACUAGGUCUAGCCAAGUUCGCGCUCGGAGACGCAAAGGGUUCUAUGGAGGCUUACAAGAAGGGCAUUGAGUACGAGGGCAAUGGCGGUAGUGAUGCAAUGAAGAAGGGCUUUGAGACAGCCAAGCGCCGGGUGGAGGAGAUUGAGGCAGAGGAGGCAGAUGCUCCCGAUGCUGCCAGAGGUGGUGCUGCUUCACCGAGCCUGAACGACCUCGCCGGUAUGUUUGGUGGUGGAGGUGCUGGCGGAGGCGGCGGCGGCAUGCCCGAUCUCUCAUCCAUCAUGAGCAACCCGAUGUUUGCAUCUAUGGCGCAGAAUCUCAUGAGCAAUCCCGACAUGAUGUCGAAUCUCAUGAGCAACCCCCGGCUACGCGACAUGGCCAAUCAGUUCGGCAGCGGUGGAGGAAUGCCCGAUAUGUCAGCAUUGAUGUCCGAUCCAAACAUUGCUGAGAUGGCUCGUUCAUUGAUGGGCGGCGGUGCUGGUCGGGGCGCAGGAGCUCCCCCUCAAUAG